AUGGCGCUCAAUUCCCAGUCUCACCAAACUUCUCCAUUAGAAGAUGGCACCAUCGUCGAUCCUAAUGCCAGGGUCGAUCUUACCACCGGUGCGGUCUUUGGUAAGAAGAGCAAAGCCGAGCGACUAUUUGUGGCUCGACUCGAUUUUAUCCUCUUACCGUUUCUCUGUAUUUCUCAAGUCAUCAAAUUCCUCGAUCAGCAGAACAUCUCUGCCGCUUACGUGUCUGGGAUGAAAGAGGAGCUUAAUGUAGUUGGAGUCCAGUACAACUUGUUCUCCACCUUCUUUUUCAUCGGUUAUGCUAUCUUCCUGGUGCCCUCGCAGAUUAUCAUGACUCGCGUUCGACCCUCGACCUGGCUGCCAUCCCUUGAGCUCAUCUGGGGCAUCCUUACGCUUGCUCAGUACAAAGCCCAAAACGUCGAAACUCUAUACGGUCUUCGCUUUUGUAUCGGUCUUCUCGAGUCAUCGUGCUAUCCCGGUGCCAUCAUGCUGCUAUAUGCUUGGUACACACCCAGGGAAUUAGGAUUUAGGAUUGGCCUCUAUGCUAGUUGCCAAUUCAUAGGAACCAUGCUGGCUGGCGCCCUUCAAGCUGCUAUCUACACAAAUCUCAACGGUCACACCGGGCUCAGUGGAUGGCGCUGGAUGUUUGUGAUAAACGGUAGCAUGACUAUGGUCGUUGCGUUGUUCGGUUACAUCCUAAUUCCGGAUUAUCCCUCUCGAACCAAUCCUCGCGCAAGCUUCUGGUUGAAGACACACCACGUCAAUGAGGGUCAAUUGCGUAUGGCGAAGUUCAGACGACGAGACAACAAGCCCUUCACCGUUGCGGCUGUGGUGCGGGCGGUGAAGGGACCACUCUUCUACUUCUUUGUGAUACUCUUUCCCGCCUGCGUUAUGGCUCAGCAAGGUUACAACUACUUUAAUCUGUUCUUGAAGGCGCUCAAGAACCCUGAUGGAACACCCGUUUGGUCUGUACAACAGGUCAAUGCGAUUCCAAUAGGCGGCAAUGCAAUCACAGUCGUCAUGCUUUGGGUGUAUUCCUUCCUUUCAGACUAUUACCAGACUCGUUGGAUCCCUAUCAUGAUUCAGGCUACUCUGGGCCUCAUUCCCUCGAUUAUCAUGAUUGUAUGGGACGUUCCUUUGGGAGCCAAAUAUUUCGCCUUCUUCAUGACCUAUUUCUCUAGCUGUACUGCUCCUCCGAUCUACACUUGGAUCUCUGACAUGCUUCCUCACGACCCGGAGCAGAGGGCAUUCAUAUCUGGCUUCAUGAACGCAUUCUGGUACGCGGUUGGGUCGUGGUCGAACGUGCUCAUUUGGCCGACUUAUGAAGUCCCACACUAUAGUCACGCCUGGCAAAUCAGCCUUGGCUGUUGGCUACUUGUGUUGGUAGAAGUCUCCGUUCUUCGAUACUACGAGAUCAAGGUUGUUCGACCCAGAAACGUCCGGCUUGCCCAGGAGCUAUAUGAGGAGACUCAUCAAGGUCAGAUGACCUUGGGUUUGGUGGUUUCCGAGCCCGAAGAACCCAAUACCAAGCUGACGGAAGAGGGCAAUACGGUUAAAGUUGCAUCAGUUCCCGAGCUGGAAGAUGCUAUUGCACACACCGGAAAAAGGGCCUAG